GGUGGCAUCGCCGCAUCCAUCCCGGGCGACUGCUCGUCAGCGGGGAUGAUGACAACGACGACGAUGACGACGAUGAUGAUGAUGAUGAUGAUGAUGCAGGGUUGGUGUGGUGAAGAACCGACGCUGGAGGACAUCUUCUUCUGCCCACCGCCGCCGUGUUGUUUUCGGAUGACAGCGGGAGGAGACAAAUAAACCGCAUCGCUCGCUCUUUAGCCGGCUAACGCUAAGCUAUCCCUUUAGCUCAACCGCUGGCUGUUUCCCCCCUGUCGGUACUUUUCUCCCCCCCACACACACACGCCGCCAUGCGGAGACAUGCUGGCGGCGAAGAGGACAUUUAAACACCGUAGCUGUCGAUUAGCCUCACAGCUAAGCUAGUUAGUUAGUAGUUGGGUUUUUUUCCCCCCCUCCCCUUCUUUCUGUCGAUGAGGAUGCUAACUGAGGGGAGCGACUGACUGGCCGAGUGAAGGUGCGCCUCAACACGCUCAUGAAGGUCAUGACGGCGAGAGAAUGAUCAUGCUGGAAAAACAGAGCUCGACGCAGGAGAUUGGUGAGGAGGUUGAGGAUGACGCCAUCUUCACCAUCACGCUGCGUAAGGUGCAGCUGCACCACUCAUCCAGCAAGGGGCAGCGUUGGCUGGGCGUGGAGACGGACACCGCCCUCAGCCUGUACGAGACUUGCAAGGUGCGAACCAUCAAGGCGGGGACCCUCGAGAGGCUUGUCGAAUACAUGGUCACGGCCUUUAGGGGAAAAGACUCCACCUACGUCACCAUCUUCCUGUGCACUUACCGAUCCUUUGCCACCGCUAAGCAGGUGCUCGACCUGCUUCUCAACAGGUACGCCAGGCUUCAGAAUGUUCCGGCAGCGGCGGCGCAUCGCGUCUGCCAGGACGACUGCACCGAGCUCAGAAACACGGUGUCGUCCAUCUUGGGUGCAUGGCUGGACCAGUACUCGGAGGACUUCUGGACUCCUCCGGGGUACGACUGCCUCCACCAGCUUUUGUCCUACCUCCACCUUCACUUCCCCGGUUCUGACCUAGAACGUCGCGCCCGCAACCUGCUGGCGCAUUUCCACAGACGGCAGCAGUGCGAACCCGAGACCGACGGCGAACACUUGGGCUGCCCUUUCGCCACGCAGGAGGAGAGCGGCUUUGAGGACGAGCUGCCCACCUUCAGCUUCCUGUCUUUUGACCCCAUCAUGGUGGCCGAGCAGUUCACACUCAUGGACGCGGACCUGUUCAAGAAGGUGGUCCCGUACCACUGCCUGGGGGGCAUCUGGUCCCAGCGUGACAAGAAGGGCAAAGAGCACCUGGCGCCCACUAUCCGCGCCACGGUGGCCCAGUUCAACUCGGUCACCAACUGCGUGAUCAGCACCAGCCUCAGCAACACGGCGCUCAAACACAACCAGAGGGCCAGGCUGCUGGAGAGGUGGAUCGACGUGGCCCGGGAGUGUCGUAUCCUGAAGAACUUCUCAUCCUUGCGAGCCAUCCUCUCCGCCCUGCAGUGCAACGCCGUCCACCGCCUGAAGAGGACAUGGGAGGAAGUGUCUCGGGAGAGUUUCCGCACCUUCCGUGAGCUUUCCGAGAUCUUCUCAGAUGACAACAACUACUCGCUCAGCCGGGAGCUGCUGGUGAAGGAGGGAACGUCCAAGUUCGCAACACUGGAGAUGAAUCCCAAAAGAGCUCAGAGGAGACACCAGCAGCAGAGAGACCUGGGAGUGAUGCAGGGCACUAUUCCCUACUUGGGCACCUUCCUGACAGACCUGGUUAUGAUGGACACAGCCAUGAAGGACUACACCGAGGGUGGUCUGAUCAACUUUGAGAAGAGAAGAAAGGAGUUCGAAGUGAUUGCGCAGAUCAAACUGUUGCAGCUGGCGUCCAACAACUACAGCUUCACGCAGGACGCACACUUCCGUGAGUGGUUCGCUUCCACCGAGAAACUCAGCGAGGCCGAGAGCUACCAGCUGUCGUGCGACAUCGAGCCGCUCUCUGAGUCGGCUAGCAACACGCUGCGAGCCAAGAAGAAUGGAGGCAUCAUGAAGCGAUGGAGCGAUCGUCAGUUGGCAGAGGGUUCCUCCAGUUGCUCAGCGGCCGGAAGUGGCAGCGCCGUGGGUUCGCAUUCAAAGUCCUUCGACCACGCCCACUUCCGACCGUACCAAGGCGGCGGAGGGGACAGCGGCGACGCCCUAAGCGUCACCUCCGUCAGCUCCAGCGGCUCAGACCUGGAGGACGUUAACGCCAGCUUCCUCUCGGACUCGCCCGAGGGACACGAGAGGAAGACGUCAACGCCUUCGGUGAAACUUUCUGUUUCGGCGCUGGGGAGAGACGCUCCGGCUGCAGACACAACCUCUACGUUCUGGGAGUGCACGUCACUGUCGUCUCUGGACACGUCCGGCAUGGGCUCCAGCUCGGGCUCGGCGUCGGGCUCCAGCACGGCGUCGUCGUCGUCUGUGUCGUCGUCCGCGGCGCUGUCGCUGUCCCUGUCGGCAUCGCGCUCGCACAAACGCUCUGUGUCGGCCGUGUCCAACUACUCAACGCUGUCACUGCCCCUCUACAACCAGCAGGUGGACGACUGCUGCAUCAUACGCGUCAGCCUCGACGUCGAGAAUGGAAACAUGUACAAGAGCAUCCUGGUAACCAGUCAGGACAAGACGCCCGCCGUCAUCCGCAAAGCGAUGAUCAAACACAAUCUGGAGAGGGAGAAGACAGAAGACUACGAGCUAGUGCAGAAGAUCGCAGAAGACAAAGAGCUUCGUAUCCCCGACAACGCCAACGUCUUCUACGCCAUGAACUCCAGUGCCAACUACGACUUUGUGCUGAAGAAGCGCGGGCCGGUGCGGCCCAUGCGUGCUAAGACGGUGGCCAGCUCCACGCUGCCCCGGAUGAAGCAGAAAGGACUGAAGAUAGCGAAAGGGAUUUUCUGAGGGUGGGAGAGUGGGCGAGAGAGAGAGCGCCACCUGGAGCAUUUUAGCACUUAGUUUGGCUUCGGGAAGCCGUUUCUGGGCCAAGUCACUUACUUGUUUACAUCAGGCAGCCAGGAAAGUGGUCGCACUUUGGAUUUUUUUACAGCAUCCUGGCCUAUAGUGUUGACACAUGGUCAAACAGACGUCCCGUGGGCAAGAUCUGGAUGUCCCGGAUGGAUUUUUUUUUUACAGCAUCCUGGCAAUGGUCUGGAUGCCUAUCGUGUUGCCACAUGGGUAGGAUCUGGUAGGUCCCUAAUGGUCAUUGAGUUGACACAUGAUCAAAACAGUCGUCGUCCCGUGGGCGUGUUCCGGAAGUCCCGGAUGGAUUCUUUUUUUUUUUUUUUUUUAUAUAUAUAUAUAAACAGCAUCCUGGCGAUGUUCUGGAUGCCCAUCGUUUUGACACGAGGUCAGACAUUGUGCCAUGGGUAAGAUUGGGAUGUUUCCGGUGCCCACACCGUUGACACAUAGUCAAACAGACCUUGUCCCGUGGGUAGGAUCCGGAUGUACCGGAUACCCAGUUUUGACACGUGGUCAAACAGACCAUGAGUCAAAUGACACUUGAUUGAAUGGGCCAACAAAAUGUAUAUACGUCAGGUGUGCUGUGUAUUUUUUUGCUUUGCAUAUAAUUUUGUGUUUUUGUUUUCUGCUUUGACGAUGGUGCUGCUGAUGAUCUUUUAUUCAAGAGGUCACAUGAUUUCACUCGUCGCCAUGUUUGGAAACUCUUUGAACAAUUUAAUGACCACAUUGACGGUUUUUGACUGGGAAUCUUUGACCACUAGUAGGCGUCAGCCUGUCAAUUGUAGUUACGAUAAUGCUGUCUUUUUUUUUUUGUGUCUUUUUCUGUCUUUUACUGGUGACUUUGCACUUAAUUUAUGAAGAAAGGCUCAGUGCUCAACAUAAAUGACUUCAGCUUUUCAUAAAAAAAAAUUCAUCAACAUUGGAAUAAUUUUCACAAUUUUGAUGAUGAUCACACUCAACGAAGUAUUAGAGCCAUACUGAAAAAAACAUUAUCAUACAGUAUUAUAAAAAUAAAGUUGGAAAACAGCUGAGGACGUAUCUACAUGAUAUUUAAUGUUCCAGAAAAAAAAUAUGGCUUUAAUCUCGUAAGAUUCUUUUCUUGAAAAAAUAAGUCUCAUAAAAUUACGGCGAGUAAGAAUAUGAAUUAAUUCUCUCAAGCUUAUUACCAAGUUUUUUUCCGGAAAAAAAUAUAGCAAUGGUCGUUUUUUUUUUUUUUCAAAACAUUCUUUAUUGUAAAGUUUUGACUUCCGCCACCCCCCAAAAAAUCUGACUUGUUUGUCCUAAGAUUAAGACUUUAUUCUUGAAAUAAUUAGAAUUAUUUGCUCCCAAAAAUAAGUUUUUUUUUUUUUUGAAAAUUGCAACUAUCAAAAUAAAACCUUUUUUUUCCUGAAAAUAAAUGCCUUUUACCUGUUGACGUGAAGUUGUUUCUGCUGAGCACUGUAUGUAAAGGUUUACCUUUCGAAAUGAUGAAGUUGAAAUAUUGGGAUAGGAUGUGGACGCACUGGAGGAAACGACGUGGUUGGGUUUUUCCCAACUUCUCACAAAGGAAACACUAUCGGAAUGGAUCUGAGGCUGACGUUGGCUGCAAAGCAUAAUGGGAAGUGUAGGAAACGCACCUGUGGAGAGAAAAUGGCCUGACCACCACAAGGUUGUCACUGCCACAAAACUAAAUGUUUGACUGAUGCCACUGCCACCAUUUUUUGCCUUUUUUUGUUUUUGUUUUGCUUUUAUUUGGGACACGCAAAAGGUCCAAAUGGUGAUGGAGUCACUGUGGGCUUCAUGUCGAGCACUGUGAACAACAACAACAAAAAGUGUCCUGGUGGAUGCAGUGAGCAGGGACAAGUUGCCAAACAAGUGAUUUGCCUUUUAAGCUGGGAACAAACCUUUGGAUUUUAUUUUUUUUUUUUUAAACUUUUGAACAAAGUUGUGACUUUACACACUGGUGUACUACUUCAACCUGGACAAACCGCUUACAACCUUUUACACACCUGCAGCACUGAGAAGCUUGGCCUCCUUUGACGCACUGCGGCAACUACAUCAUCACAAGACACACUUGACUUUACAUGCCACAUGUUAAUUUUUUAAUUAACACUUGACAUGACAAGCAGGUCAUUACAUUUUAAAUUACAUCACUUGAUGUGUCACAACACUUAAAAUGAUACUUGACGAACGACGCUUGAGAUGACAAUUGAUGUCGGUUGACGUUACAUCACUUGACAGGUCACUUUGUGUCACUUGACACUUUACAUGUUCAGUCUCUUAAAUGCAAUUUGACAUGACGCAGCCAUUUGACAUAACACUUUACAUGUUGUCUCUUGACAUGUCAUUGGACUUAAAACUUGGUUACAUGCUACAUCACUUGACAUGACCCAUGAUAUGACCCUAGAAACGUCACUUGACAACACAUUACAUGAUAUUUCACAUUACACUUUACGUGUUGUUAAAUGACACCUUAUAAUACUUCACUUGACGUCACAACACUUUACAUGACACUUGACGACGCUUGACAUGACUGUGUGACACACUACAUGUUCUAUCACUUGACAUGUAACAAGUGACACAACUUUAUGUAACACUUGAUAUGUCACUUGACACAGUUACGUCACAUGUCACAUCAUAUGUAACUGUCAGAUGGCAUGGCAGUUGUUAUUUGGUGUCACUUGACAUGACACUUGAUGUGUCACAAGGUCAACACUUGAUGGCACUUGUACUACAUGUUAGGAGACUUGACAUUUUAAUCAAUUGACAUAAACACUUGACAUGUCAUUUGAUAUUUUACUUGUACUCAUGAUGUGAUUUCUGACAUGCCACUUGACACGGUUUGGCACUUAAUGUGACAUCUGACUGCCUUCUGACAAAUUGCAUCACUUGACAUUAGACUUCACAUCACGUCAAGUGUCACUUAACAUGAUUUUUCUACUUUUCAGAAAGUUGCGAUUGAACAAACCUGUUGUGGUUUUAUUAUUUUUUGUGUUUUGUGUAAUUUUUUUUUACGUUUGGGCAAACAGCUGCCAUUUUUUUUUCACACGUGCAGCAGGAUGAAGCACAUUUUGCUUUAGCGCACUGCAGGAAUUCCAUGCUUUCCCCUAUGAGAGUCAUCCCUCAAUUCCAAUAAGACUUUUGUGUGUGUGGGCGCGUCUGUGCGUGUGUGUGUGUGUGUGAUGCGUCUGUUACCAGACAAAGAAAAGGUAAAUUCUGUAGUUGUCUGUGUAGCCGCGUUGACAUGACUUUCCUGUGGUGCUUUGAGCAUGUGUGUGUCCGUGUGUGUUGUGUUAAUAUUUGUUGCCCACCGCUGUGCUUGGAUGCUAUUCUUUCCCCCAUUUGACAAACUUUUUCUAAGUCUCUUCUUUAAUACUUCCUCCUCCCAGAAACACACACAGAAACGAUGUAGAAUACAAAAAGUGCCCCCGCCAAUGUUUAUUUAUUGAUUUGUAUAUACAGCUUUUUUUUGCAUUGUACAUUCCCUCCUCUAUUGGUUAUAGAUUAAUAUAUUAAUGUAUAUAUGAAUAAACAUACUGUU